AUGGAAGAUACCGCCCUGCCUUCUCAGGCAUCCCUCAUGAGCAACAGUGGUAACGGUGGUGGCAAUAUUCAUUCAUCCAAGUCCGAGAACAGAAAGCGUUUUGGGCCUUCUGGUGAUUUUCGGACUAGGCUCUCUCGUGGAAACUUUACUCUUUCUCGACAAGACUCUUUCGAUGUUGGGAAUGAUCCUGUGGAAGCGUCAUCGCCACGCUCUUUGGUUAGUUAG